GCUCCAGACUUCACCGGCAGCGGCGAGCGAGGCGGUCCCGUUUGGCGUGAGGCCGGGGCUGUGCUGGUCCCGGGAGAUCGCUUCUCGUCUGCUGGGCGCGGAAGGCGGCUUGGCGGUUCGCAGAGGAUUGGGAGGGCGCGGUCCGGGUCGGGGGCUUUCUCCCGGCCGCUGCCCACCUCGUCUGGGCUCGCGGCGCCUCGGGGAAAAGCUGCGGCCCCGAGGGCGGAUCCGAGGGCACCUUUAAGGCACCCCUCACUGGACUGAGGUGGAAACAAAAUUGUCACAUAUUUUCACUUUUGAGGCAUCCUGAAUCCAGUUCCAUUUCUUUCUUGUCUAUAAAUUAGACUGCCAGUUCUUCCCUAUUCAAAGGACCUAAGAGUCAAAGCCACGAUGAAUGGUCAUAUUUCUAAUCAUCCCAGUGGUUUUGGAAUGUACCCAUCUCAAAUGAAUGGCUACGGAUCACCCACCUAUUCCCAGAUGGACAGAGAACAUAGUUCAAAAACAAGUGCAAAGGCCCUUUAUGGACCAGAUGGAUCAUACUUCUUCAGGUCAUCAUCCAAACAAAAAAAGAAAGAACAAAGGAAGAAUUAUGCACGGGGCAGUGUCAGCAGUGUGUCAGAUGUAUCCCAGUACCGUGUUGAACACCUGACUACAUUUGUUCUGGAUCGGAAAGAUGCUAUGAUAACUGUUGAUGAUGGAAUAAGGAAGCUGAAAUUGCUCGAUGCCAAGGGCAAAGUAUGGACUCAAGAUAUGAUUCUUCAAGUGGAUGACAGAGCUGUGAGCCUGAUUGAUUUAGAAUCAAAGAAUGAACUGGAGAAUUUUCCUCUAAACACAAUCCAGCACUGCCAAUCUGUGAUGCAUUCGUGCAACUAUGAUUCAAUUCUUGCCCUGGUGUGUAAAGAGCCAACUCAGAACAAGCCAGAUCUUCAUCUCUUCCAAUGUGAUGAGAUUAAGGCAAACCUAAUUAGUGAAGAUAUUGAAAGUGCAAUCAGUGACAGUAAAGGAGGGAAACAGAAGAGGCGCCCUGAUGCCCUGAGGAUGAUUUCCAAAGCAGACCCUGGGAUCCCACCUCCACCAAGAGCUCCUGCCCCUGUGCCCCCUGGGACGGUUACCCAGGUGGAUGUUAGGAGUCGGGUGGCUGCCUGGUCUGCGUGGGCCGCUGACCAUGGGGACUUUGAGAAACCAAGGCAGUAUCAUGAGCAGGAAGAAACACCUGAGAUGAUGGCAGCCAGAAUUGACAGAGAUGUGCAAAUCUUGAACCACAUUUUGGAUGAUAUUGAAUUUUUUAUCACAAAACUCCAAAAAGCUGCUGAAGCAUUUUCUGAGCUUUCUAAAAGGAAAAAAACUAAGAAAAGUAAAAAGAAAGGGCCAGGAGAGGGUGUUUUAACACUGCGGGCAAAGCCUCCGCCUCCUGAUGAAUUUGUUGACUGUUUCCAAAAGUUUAAACAUGGAUUUAACCUUCUGGCCAAAUUGAAGAAUCACAUACAGAACCCCAGUGCUGCAGAUUUGGUUCAUUUUUUGUUUACUCCAUUAAAUAUGGUGGUACAGGCAACAGGAGGUCCUGACCUAGCCAGCUCAGUACUCAGCCCUCUAUUGACUAAGGAUACAAUUGAUUUCUUAAAUUAUACCUUCAAUAUUGAUGAAAGGCAGCUGUGGAUGUCAUUGGGAGAAACUUGGAUGAAAGCCAGAUCAGAGUGGCCAAAAGAACAGUUUGUCCCACCCUAUGUUCCACGGUUCCGCAAUGGUUGGGAGCCCCCAAAGCUGAACUUCAUGGGAGCACCAGUGGAUCAAGAUCUCUAUCAACUGGCUGAAUCCAUGGCAAAUGUAGCAGAACAUCAGCGCAAACAAGAAAUGAAGAGAUUAUCCACGGAGCAAUCCAGUGUAUCCGAGUAUUCUUCAGCCGAUGGGUACCCAUUCAAUAGCAGCAUUUACACAAGAGGGCCCCAUCUGGACCAAGGGGAAGCCGCUGUUGCUUUUAAGCCAACCCCGAAUCACCACGUAGACAGGAAUUACGAGCCACUCAAAACCCAGCCCAAGAAAUAUGCCAAAUCAAAGUAUGACUUUGUGGCAAGGAAUAACAGUGAGCUCUCAGUUCUAAAGGAUGAUAUUUUAGAGAUCCUCGAUGACAGGAAGCAAUGGUGGAAGGUGCGAAAUGCAAGUGGAGAUUCUGGAUUUGUGCCAAAUAACAUUCUGGAUAUUGUGAGAACUACAGAAUCUGUAUUAGGGCGUGCUGAUCCACCAUACACACAUACCAUACAGAAACAAAGGAUGGAAUAUGGUCCAAGAUCAGCUGAUGUUCCCUCUGCUCCGUCCCCACCUCCAACACCAGCCCCUGUUCCCGUCCCUCUGCCACCGGCCCCAGCACCUGUCCCUGUGUCAAAGGUGCCGGCAGGUGUGACCCGUCAGAACAGCAGCUCCAGUGACAGUGGUGGCAGUAUCGUGCGAGACGGCCAGAGACACAAACAACUUCCUGUGGACCGAAGGAAAUCUCAGAUGGAGGAAGUACAGGAUGAGCUCAUCCACAGACUGACCAUUGGUCGGAGCGCAGCUCAGAAGAAGUUUCAUGUGCCACGGCAGAACGUGCCAGUUGUCAACAUCACUUAUGACUCCACACCAGAGGAUGUGAAGACAUGGUUACAGUCGAAGGGAUUCAACCCUGUGACUGUCAAUAGUCUUGGAGUAUUAAAUGGUGCACAACUUUUCUCUCUCAAUAAAGAUGAACUGAGGACAGUCUGCCCUGAAGGGGCCAGAGUCUUUAGCCAAAUUACUGUUCAAAAAGCUGCACUAGAGGAUAACAGUGGCAGCUCUGAGUUGCAAGAAAUUAUGCGAAGACGACAGGAAAAAAUCAGUGCCGCUGCCAGUGAUUCAGGAGUGGAAUCUUUUGAUGAGGGAAGCAGUCACUAAUUUGUUUAUGUGUUGUUUUUUAACUCUAUUAUUCUUGGCAUUAUUCCAACAUGCUUUGUUUUAAGAAGCCAUGAAGGGAAUGUCAGACUCUUUCUUGGUACAUUUAAUUUAUCACCAUAAAACAAUGCAAACCUGAGUAAGCAGAGGCCUUAUUUCUUGGCCCAUUAUUUUUAUUAAAAAUGAAAAUUUUUAAACUCAAUUUUGUAACCUUGGGAAAUAUUUUGACCAAUUUACUAAGGUGAGGUUUCCUUUAUUGGAUUAAUUAUUUCCUAUACAUCUCAAUAUAUGAACAGGCAUUUCUUGACAGUGAUGAAUUUGUUUAUUGCAGCAAAGCAAAGAUAUUGCCCAUGAUUUAAAAUCUAUAAAUAAUGUCAAUUUCUCCUGUCACUAUGAUGUCUGUCGUUUAGGGUGGGGUUGACUUUUUGCUAACCUCUGCUUACUCAGGCCUCUUCUCUGACAUAUUCAAUGAUAGAAUAUUUAGAUUUAUUUAAAGUUCUUAAUGCCAACAUUUAAAAGAAAUUAAAACAUUUUGAUGAACUGUAAAGUACAACAAGGCCUUGGACAUGCAAAUAUAAACCUACAGAGCAUUCCCAAGACAUUUCAUUUUUCAUGGCUUUGUUGAUCACAAUUCCUGUAUAGCUUGUGUUUUGAUUUAGUUUAUAUCUCACCUAUAUUAUGUAUACUAUGUUCUUAUAUAUGAAAAAGCACAAAUGAAAAAGACGUCAUAUACACUCAAAAUCUGUCAAAAGAAGUAGCCUGUGUUGAUGUGCAUUACAGUAUUUGCUUAAUGAAGGCCUCAGUUUUGAAUAUUGAUAUAAACAGUUAAAAGGAAAUUGGGGCCAUUUUAUGUGUUUCUCUGUGUCACGUUUUUCUGGUAAUAAGCAUCACUUAAUUUACAUAUAUCUUAAUCCUGUGAAAGAUUCUAGAAGAAGAAAAGAAAGAUACCUAACCUUCAACAAAUGUUAUUUUUGGAAACACGAUUUUUGUCAUUAAAUGUUAUAUUAUUUCACAUAUAUAAAACAGAUGUUAUGUAAGAAUGUUGUAUAUUUUAACAUAAAUCCAUUUAGAGAGAUUAUCUAGAUUCAUUAUCAUAGUGCCUUUUCCCCAUGAGUCAGCUGGACAGUCUGCAAUAAACAGUAUUUGCUGUAUGUUAA